CAGGCUGGGGGGGGUGAGUCAGGGUCACACUGCACACACACACACAGUGCCUGGGACUGGACCCACUGGGACCGCGGAGGACGGAGAGGGGAGAAGGAAAGUUCAGCUGCGUUACAAUGUGAGUGAGGAGUGAGGGUCACACAUGUGAGAGAGCUGCCAUUUACAGCCCUGUGGGGACCGGUCAUGCUCUGCCUCACUCUAACCUGAGCAGGAAGGGCAGCAAUCAAAGUGGCUCACAUGUGAGGGGAAGAUGGAAAGCCCAUUGAUGCCCGUGGAGGUGAUCAGGUACAUACUGAGGUUCCUGUGCACAUCAGAUAGAAAGGAGGCAUCACUUGUGAAUAGGACCUGGUAUGCUGCCUCCCUGGACCGGAAUCUGCAGAAAAAUGUCUCGUACAAUAUCCAGGGAUGCUCUGCCUCUCUGGCGGCCAUCGAAGGUUUAGGGAAGAGACGUUGCCCGUGUGUUGCCAUCAGGAACCUCGACGAGUCCGCGGUUUCGAAGCGUGUUGUGCAGAGCGCUGCGCUCCACCUGGCCCCCCACCUGGGGAACCUCUGCUUACACAGCAGCAACAUCAGCGAGGCCGCCUUCAUGACCCUCAUCCCUUGCUGCCUUAACCUGGCCAGGCUGGACAUCAGCAGCUGCAACAGCCUGUUCAUGCCCGGCACCUUACUCUCCAAAGAGGAGAGCAGGCUGCGGACCGUGGCAGCCCUGGUGGGACUCCAGCACUUGAAUCUGUCCAACCUCCGCUUCCUAUCUGAUCUGACCUUCACCCGGCUCACUGACUGCACUCCCAGCCUCAUGUCCAUCUCGCUCAGUGGCUGUCACAUCGCCUUCCGGUUUGACCCGUAUCAGGGCACCAACGCCUGCAAUUCGACCGCUAUGCUCUCGCUGAUCAGCAUCCUCCGCUUCAUCAGGAGACAAGCUCACACGUUGAGGGCUUUGAACUUCAGCCGGACGGGAAUCGGCUGUGAUGCAGUGCGGACCCUGGUCCAGGUGGAGGGGCUGUGCCUGGAGGAGCUAGUGCUGCAGAACUGCAAGGACCUGAGCGAUGAAGCGGUGUCUGCAGUCUGUAGAUGGCAGCCCGGCCUGACCACCCUGGACCUGACCGGCUGUACCGAGCUCACCGACAAGUCUGCCAUCACCAUCGCCUCAGGCUUGCUGAAUCUCAGACAUCUGUACCUGGGCAAGAUCCGACGCCUGACAGACGUGGCGCUGAAAGACUUGCUGUCCAUUCCGUCCCUUCAGACCUUUGACGUGUCCGAGUGCUACCAAAUAACCGGCUCUGAGCUGGUCAAAGGGCUGAGCUCGCAGCAGCCGGUCACCGGCAUUGUAACCCUCAACCUCAACUGCUGCGGUGCGAUGAGGGACGCCAGUGUGUUCUCUUUGGCAAAGCUACUGGGGAGCAGUCUGUGGGAACUGGACCUCACCUCCUGUGUGUACAUUACGGAUAUCAGUGUCCGCGCCAUCACCAGCUACCUCAGGAACCUGAAGGUGCUCCGUCUGGGCUGGUGUAAGGAAAUAACAGACUGGGGGCUACUGGGAAAAGACCAACCUACUAGCAACUGUGGACCCGACAAAGAACAGAGAGCUACUGAGCCCAUGUUUAGCUGGAACUUUGGUAACGUGGGCUUUUGUACUCCACCAAAGUGCAUCAAUGAGGAAUCCCAGAUCAUAACUCAACCCGACAUUGAGAUCUCAAAAGAAAAAGACGGAGCCUCUCUCGGUGCUUUGAUGCGUCUCAAGGAGCUAAAAUUGACUGCCUGCACCAAACUGACAGACGCCAGCAUAACUAAG